AUGCGCCCAGAUGGAUCAGUUGUCCCUCUCUCUCAAAUAAAGAUUGGCGAUACACUUUUGACCUAUGAUCUGAACAAGCAUGCUAUUCAGCCAACAACAGUGAUCUCUUUCCUCCACCGAGAUGAGCACCAGUUUUCUGCCUGGAUCAAGAUCACUUUCGAAAUGCCCAGUCAGCAAGUUUCUAGUCUCCUUCUCACUGCAAAUCAUCUCAUCUAUCGGCGUUUAUCAAGAAACACCGAGACCGCCGAUGUAACUUCUGUCUUUGCUAAGGAAAUCGUACCGGGCGAUUUUAUUCUAUGCAGCACUAACCCCGUGGAAGCUUUCUGUGAAGUUGUCAAAGUAACAGAAGAGAAUGGAACCUUGGCCGGAGGCAGCAUCGGAGUCUACGCCCCGUUAACGUCCUCGGGUACUCUGCUUGUGGAUGGAGUUCUUGUUUCAUGCUACGCCCACGUCCGAUACGAGUGGCUUGCAAGAUUAGCCACUUUUCCGCUGCGGAUCUACUAUUUUCUAAUGAGCCAGAUGAGCCUUGCGAAUCCGUCCUGGCCUGUGGAGCACGGAGUUCACUGGUUUGCGGAACUACUCCUCCACUUCUCGAAGUUUAUUUUGCCUGAAACCAUUUUCUUCAACUAG